AUGGCUACUCAACGGCGGCCGCCUCAGAAGGUCUCGGUAGACGUACCCAUAUCCAACGGCGACAUCAGAAAAGCCGCCGACAGACUAGACUCCCCAAGCGGCUCGCCCUUCCUGCCCACCUCUCUCGAAGCAGCGCUCCUUGCGAUUUAUCCAGCAACACUCCUGCUGGGUUCCUUGUUCAGCACAAUACACCCCGCGAGUCGCAAUGCGACAUACUUGCCUAACGCGCAAUCGUAUGAUCCCCAGAACGCGCCUAGCUAUUUCGCAAAAAAGAGCAAUGUCUUCAAUGUCUGGUUUGUUAAGAUCGGUUGGUUCUGGAUCACGCUCGCAUUCACACUCUUGAUCUUUUCGCAUUCAUCGCUGGGGCCUCCACUUCGCCCACAGCUCACCAAGAGACGUAUACAAGCGAUACUACGGUACAUCUGCGUCACAGUCAUCUGGAUCUUCGUCACGCAGUGGUUUUUUGGACCAGCGAUCAUUGAUCGAAGCUUUCGGUGGACGGGUGGAAAAUGUAACCAGGUACUAUCGGACACCUUGGAUGAGAAGAUGGAAAGAGGAGACGUGAAGGAGGUCUUUUCGCAUGCCGCAUGUAAGGCUGUCGGCGGCCAGUGGGCAGGCGGUCAUGAUAUCAGUGGACACGUGUUCCUCCUCAUACUCGGAAGCGCAAUGCUAUGGCUUGAGCUUCUGCCAGCUGUUUUGCGGACAGAAGGGCUUCGAGAGAAGAGGCGAGUCAUGGGUCCGGAUGGCCUGACCAGAAGUGCUUCGUUCGAGGUGGAUGCACGUUCGGCGCACACCAACACAAGGGACGAGUUGGGAUUCGGCGUCAAGGCAGCCCUGGGUGUGGCAUUCUUGAGUUGGUGGAUGCUGCUCAUGACCGCAGCGUACUUUCACACUUGGUUUGAAAAAGUCACUGGUCUAUUAGUGGCGUUCUUGUCAAUCUACACAGUAUAUUUUCUGCCAAGGGGCAUGCCUGGACUGCGGCAGUGGCUCGGCAUGCCUGUGCAGUGAGCUGCGGGCUGAGAUCAACCGGGGGCAUUGAUGAGAACCUUGCGGGCUUCCCUCUCGAGUCAAUAACCUAGCAGUGUCAUCAGACUGUCGAUUUUUGUGCGGUUCUUUUCUUUUCGGAAAUGCCGAGCGGGAGGUCGUGAUCGUGUUCGAUGUCUCAAGUCAGGCUCCACACUGUCUUCACGGGCGAGAUGAAGCUUGAGCGAUUGCUGUGCAGAAUAUAUCGAUGUACAGUACAGCUGGCUGGCAUAACAACAACGGUGUCUUUUC